AACCGUUUGAGUGUUUUUGGAAUUCGAAUGUUUUUUUUUUUGGUCAACCAACACUCUCUUCACACAUGUGUUUUCGAUCUGUUUUCUAAAAUUGAAAUUUUCGAAAUUAAAACAAAAAUCUUGUAAUCAUCAUGGGAUUUUUAUUUGGACCAGCUCCGAUUCGACGUACAAUUCCGUAUCUUCAAAGUGGUAAACUUAUACUGAAAAAUCGUGUCAAAAUAAUGGAAGUUCAUUAUAAUAUGUAUUGGAAACAAUAUCGUAAAGAUAAAAGUCAUCUUUUAUAUCCACAACAUGAUGCUCAUAUUGGUUUACGAGAAUUUUAUUUUUGGAACAUUCCACAGAUUCAAUAUAUGAAUCCUAAUGUACAGAUCGUACGAUUUUUGGAAAUGACACCAAAUCCAUUUAUACGUUGUUGGUUACAAGAUGGUAAAGAUAUUCUAUUUGAUUGUGAUUCACAAACAAAAGAAUCGAUUAUGAAACGAUUGAUACAAACAUUGGGUAAAACUGAAGAACAAUUAGAAUUCGAAGCAAGUAUUAAUGUUAAACAAGUUAGCGAAGAAAAUGAUGCAAUUUUUGGUGUGGAUCGAAAACGAUUCUGUAUGUGUGAAGUGCCCGGACAAUGUCCAUGUCCAUCAGUUAUUAAAUUGCCGAAAAAUCUUCGUGGAAAAUUUACCAAAUAUCUUACCGAUGAUUUGAUUAAACAGGAAAAAGAAAUUGUUGAAGAUGGAAAAGAUUUCGAAGAUUAUCGACCACCACAAAUUGCUAUUGAUCGAUUUUUUCAAUCAUAAAAUUCGAAUAUCAUUUCAACAUAAUCUGGUCAAAAAUUGAUUUUUCAUUUUAAAUAAAACAUAAUUUAA